UUCGUCAUCCCCAUUCUAUUUUCCGACCCAGAUCGCUGCGAAUGACGCCGCCGGUUUCCUGAUUGAUUCUCCCCGUCUAAAAAACCCCCCAUUCAACUGCACCACGCACUUUCAGUACACCAAAUUGCAACGCAUCGGUCGCUGAAUCGCUGAUCGAUCACAAGAUACUAGAUACAUAAUGCAUGCGAAGUGGAUAAGCUGGAGCGGCAGGCGGACGGAGACGACCGGCGAUCGACGGCACGGUGGUUGCGGCGGCUCCCUUUACCCCGACGACCAACAAGAAAGAAACGGGGGAAGGUGCAUCGCGGUGGCAGCAGGCCAGCAGCUCGAUCGCGACCUAAUCCCCGUCAGUUCCGACCCCGGCCGUCACCUAAUGUCUAAUGACACCCAUCCAUCCAUCAGCUUAUCGUCUUCUGCAAAACGGGUACGGACGAAGCGCGCCAUUACUGAGAUCCGGUACGGGUCGCCGUCGCCGGCCGGCGCCCCCCACCCCCGGGCGUUCCGCCUGGCACGCACCGGCACUAACCCCACAUCAUCGUCAUCAUCAUCGCCGCCAUGUUGAGCUUGGCCGUUGGCAAGCUCACCUCCCUCUCCCUGUUCGAUCUAUUAAUGGAGAGGGAUCAGCAUUCAGCAGGGACAUCGUGAUGAUUGAGGGUUUCAUCCGCUUUCUUUAGCUCUCUGUGGCGUCCUUUGGCCUUGCCCUUGCGUGCGGGCCAGCAGCUAGCUCCUACUACUAAUCCUACUACCUCUCCACAAAUACCAGCUCCUAAUCCUCCUCCUAGCCACUGUUAGUUGUCAGCCUAUGUUGUAGGCUAGUAGUUGUGCUGGCGUUAGGACCUCUCUUGUUCAUCGUUUUUGUUGUGCUCAGUUGCUCUUCUUGUCCUUUUGCACCUCACCUUUCAUUCCUUUGCAUGGCAAGGGGUAUAAGCUCUGUCUGGUUGAGUGAGUGAGUGGAAUUUACCAAGCUGAAUCACCAUCGCCCUCCUGUUCUUCCGUUCUCCUCAUCAGUGUCAGCUCAUGGUACGCAGCAAGAACUUGUGAUAAGCGAUUUCUGCCGGCUCAUCAGUGUGAGGGUUUGCCUGAGCAAGUGAGCAGAGCUUUGUCCUUCUUGGAAGCUUGGCAUGGAGAAGAGUGUUGCUUUCAGUAGUACAUGCUCAGUCGUUGAUAGUUUUUGCAGGUUCUUGGUGACUGAAGGCACCUAGCCGAGCAGCCAUGGAGGACCCAGGACUAGAGGCGCUCAAGGAAGGAGGACUCUGCGCAGAAACAGCAUCUUCUUAUCAGCAACACCGACACUCAAGAAGUGCUAUAAGCACAUGUGCAAGUGUCCCUGAAAUGUCUCCGCGACUCUCCGAUCACAUACCUACAACCAAUCGCAAUAAGAUGCUCCAUAAAAGAUAUUCGCUUAACCUCCCGGACCAGUUGCCGGAGCAUCGCAUCAUCACAACUGCAGAGAGAACUGAAAGAACUAUUUCAAAGUCUGUUGCAGACUUGGCAUGGGAGAUUGCAGUGCUUGAGGAGGAAGUUGUUCGGAAGGAACUGCACCUGCUGUCCCUGUACAGAGCAGCAUUUGAUCAAUAUCUCGGCGUCUCUCCUCGUGCUUCUGCCCAGGUAGAAACCUUGCCACCUGGAAUGGAUCAAUGGUCAGGGGUUAUGCUGCAUCCUAAGGUAACAGAUGAUUAUCAGGUGGAUCAAGAAUUGCAACGUCAACGCAGCAGCAGAACUGCUGACGAGGGCACGCUUCGCCUCAGAAAUAUCAAGGAAUCAGCAGCAUAUAACCUGCCAACACUUUCAGAUUCUAAACGCCAUACGCUGGAGCUAUCAAGAUCAUCUUCAGGGCGGUCUAGCCUUGCAAACUUCUUGAGUGCUUCUAUAACUGAAUAUGUGCCCAAGAUCUCCUGCAAACUUUCAGAGGACAUACUUAGGUGCAUUUCUGCUGUCUACUGCAAACUUGCAAGCAGGCCAUUGAAAGAGGCAAAUUCUGAGACAUUGUCCACUCCUUCUUUAUCAUCUGCAUCGAGUUCCUUUUCUCUGAAGUACCCUGUCGAUAGUUGGAGCCCUCGGUGCCAUUACAAUGCUGAGACAACCUCUGAUACACAUGGUUCAUUUGAUGGGAGUAAUGGGCAAUACACUGGGAUGAUAAUUUUUCCAAGGAUACAUAUAGAUGAAGACAAAUUUGAAUAUGCCUCUAAAAUGCUGGAUACAAUCAGAACACUGAUAAAACGUCUGGAGAAGAUUGAUCCUACAAAGAUGGCGCAUGAAGAGCAACUCUGUUUUUGGAUUAACAUCCACAAUGCUUUGGUUAUGCAUGCUUUCAUGGCUUAUGGGCUACAGGAAAAACGCAUGAAAAGCACUGACAUGAUUCUGAAGGCUGCUUAUAAUGUGGGCGGACAUUCAGUAAACUCUCAAAUUAUUCAGAACUCAAUUCUUGGAUGUCAAUCUCACCGCCCUUCACUGUGGGUUCGCACGCUAUUUACGCCAAUGAAAAAAUCAGGGAACUCCAUACAUCCAUAUGCACUUCGUCAUCUAGAGCCAAUCGCUCACUUUGCUCUUUCCACAGGGGCAUUUUCAGAUCCACCAGUAAGGCUGUACACAGCCAAAAAAUUAUACCACCAAUUGGAGCAAGCCAGGACUGAGUUCAUUGAAGCAAAUGUUAUGGUCAGGAAGCAGACCAUCUUCCUACCCAAAGUUCUCCACUUUUAUGCAAAGGAUGCUGCGCUAGAGUUGCCUGACCUGAUUGACAUGGUAUGUGAGAGCAUGCCUGAACUACAGCAAAAAGAGAUCAAACAAUAUCUUAGGAGGAGAGUUGACAAGUGUGUUGAGUGGUUACCCUGCAAAUCUUCUUUCAGAUACACUGUACAUAGGAGUUUGGCUGAGUAGAAACUAUUUUCCUCUAUAUAUGUGUGUGCUUGUAAGUAAUGAACUAAGGAAAAUUGAUUUGUGCGAGUGUAUAUAGGUGACUGUGACAAAGUUUCAAAGAGAGGAAAGUUAUAGCUUAAAAGAAAACUUAUUAGUGUUUA